CUUUGUUAAAUCAUGAAAAAGAAAACGAAUAUUUAUAUAAUUUAUAUAUAAAUCUAUCAUCGGACUAGCAUCACUCGCUCCUCGUAAUCGAAUUUUUAGCACUCUUUCAUCUUCUCUCCUUCUCUCAACACGUCCAAUUUUCUGCGUCUGCCUCAUUCUAAGUGCCGAAAGUAUAGCACGGUGCAGCUGCUUUACAUAGACGUUCUACGUUCCGUCCGGUCCGGCUGUCCGUUAUUCGUUCGGCUCCGUUACUUCCGUUCAGUGACGAGCUAAACUAACCGCGGUCCGCGGAGGCGGCGGAGUUUCAGUUUGCUCCGGGCCGCGGAGACACGAGGAUUUUCGCGCGCGCGCGCGGACGAACGAAUCUUCUCGUCUCUCUCUCUUUCUCUCGCGUUGUGCACGAGGGUUACACGACAAUUGCACGAGUCUCGGCGACGAUGAAGUACAUUCUGGUGACCGGCGGUGUGAUCAGCGGCGUGGGCAAGGGUGUCAUCGCCAGCUCGUUCGGCACCAUCCUCAAGCACUGCAGGAUCCGCGUGACGUCCAUCAAGAUCGAUCCCUACAUCAACAUAGACGCCGGAACGUUCUCGCCCUACGAGCAUGGUGAGGUAUACGUCCUCGAUGAUGGCGGAGAAGUGGAUCUCGAUUUGGGUAAUUACGAACGUUUCCUGGACAUCACCCUUCACAAGGACAAUAACAUAACGACGGGAAAAAUUUAUCAGUCUGUUAUUACCAAGGAGAGACGAGGAGAUUACUUAGGAAAAACAGUACAAGUGGUGCCCCAUAUCACCGAUGCUAUUCAGGAAUGGGUGGAGAAAGUUGCGAAUCAAUCUGUAACAGAAGACGGAGCUAUACCAGAGGUUUGCAUAGUGGAACUGGGAGGCACAAUAGGGGACAUCGAGGGGAUGCCGUUCGUAGAAGCAUUUAGGCAAUUCCAAUUUAGAGUGAGAAAGGAGAACUUCUGCGUGGCCCAUGUAUCUUUAGUGCCACAGCCAAAAUCAACGGGUGAACCUAAAACCAAGCCGACACAAUCCAGCGUUAGAGAGCUACGGGGAUUAGGUUUGUCACCCGAUCUGAUAGUUUGUAGAUCGGAAAAGCUCAUCGGCAAUUCUGUCAAGGAAAAGAUUUCGAAUUUCUGCCACGUGGCUCCGGAGCAGGUCAUAACUAUUCAUGACUUGACGUCUAUAUAUCGAGUGCCACUUCUUAUGGACUCUCAAGGUGUCAUAGAGUUCCUUAAUGAUCGACUGCAAUUGAACAUCGGAGUGCCGCGUCCGCGUUGCUUUAUGCGAAAAUGGCGGGAUCUAGCUGAACGCAUGGAUCGUCUACGGAGAGACGUUAACAUUGCUUUGGUAGGCAAAUACACGAAACUCGAGGACUCCUAUGCGUCUGUUAUGAAAGCGUUGCAGCACGCUGCCAUUGAGGCCGGAUAUAAAUUAAACUUGACGUUUAUAGAGGCUGCUAAUUUAGAACAAACUACACUGUCGGAGGAUCCGGUUCUAUAUCACGAAGCUUGGCAACAGCUUUGUAAAAGCAACGGCGUUAUUGUACCUGGGGGAUUCGGCAAGAGAGGUGUGAACGGAAUGAUAAAGGCAUGCGAGUGGUGCAGGCUGAACGACAAGCCGUUCCUCGGGAUUUGUCUGGGCCUGCAAGCGGCGGUCAUUGAAUUCGCGCGAAAUGUCUUACAUCUCGAAACAGCAAACACCACAGAGAUCGAUCCAGAUACCAUUAGUCCCGUAGUAAUAGAUAUGCCGGAGCACACUCAAGGCAUAAUGGGGGGCACAAUGCGACUGGGCAAGAGGCUGACGCGAUUCUACAACAAUAACUCUAUCCUAAAGAAAUUGUACGACAAUAAAGAUGUUAUAGAAGAAAGGCACAGGCAUAGAUAUGAAAUAAAUCCGGAUUACGUCAAUGAUUUAGAAGCGGCUGGUUUGAAAUUCGUAGGUCGCGACGACGAUGAAAAUAUACGAAUGGAAAUUGCCGAAUUGGAAGGGCAUAGUUAUUAUGUAGCCACUCAAUUUCAUCCUGAAUACCUGUCGAGGCCAUUGAAACCAUCGCCUCCGUUCCUCGGUUUAAUUUUGGCCAGUGUUGGCAAACUGAAGCACUACUUAGCGCGAGGAUGUAAAUUUUCGCCACAUCAAUUGAGCGAUAAUGAGUCAGAUGAUGAUUACGUGGAAGAAAUGACGAAAUUAAACUUAUGCAGCGCGAGUAGAAGUGACAGCAGUACAUCGGGCCUUAAUGAUUAGAAUCAAGCAGCUUCAUUUUUUUUAUCUUAUUUCAUUUCAUUCCAUAAUUUUAUUAUCUCAUAGUAUGAUCCACUAUGCUAUGGUCUAACGCUUCCUAUUUACGUAAUUCAUAAUCAGAAAAAGAUUUGCCAUAUGCGUGAAUGUGUACGAUAUUAUUCGAUUUAUUCGAAUAAUAUACAAAAAAAUGGUAUAGGAAAUAUUUUUAAUGUAUAUUUUUAAAAUGUGAAAUUUAUUAAAUACAUAA